CACCGUGAGGCAUGGCUAUUUUUAUUAGAAGCUGAUACUUUAGACUGAGCUUAAGUAUUGCCUCUGGAAGGCCUGAGGUUGCUUGGGGAGGGCAGGAGUCUCCAGAGGAAAGAGAAAGUUCAUAGGGGCACAAAAGAAGAAGGAACAAAUUAGAAAAAGCAGAGGACCUCUCUCCUGCUCAUUCUGCAGCACCUCUAAAAGCCAGCAACCCAGAAGUAUUAUCUAAUCUGCCAGAGAUUAUUGACCUUUUUAACAGAGUAACUCUUACCAUCAUCAUCAUCAUGGCCGAGAUUGCAGCAGAAGGACGUAUGUCUACGACCACGACAAUAAUAGAUGGUAAGAACGGAUCUGUUCCUUCAUCAUCCAUGAAAGUGGGCAAGAAAUCAGUUACGGAAGACCUAGUGACAACAUUCAGCUCACCAGCAGCAUGGCUUCUUGUUGUCGCUCUGAUUGUUACCUGGUCAGCAGUAGCUAUUGUAAUGUUUGACUUGGUGGAUUACAAAGCCUUUGCAGGAAGAUCUGUUAACAAGCUCAGCACAGAACCAUUGAGAAUCAUUCAUGAGACACUGGAAGAAUCCACUGAUUGGCUUUAUGGCUUUAUUUCUUUACUGUCUGACAUCAUAUGGAGUGAUGAUGAUGACACUGAUGAAGGUGGAGUGGAACCUUCCCUGAAAAAAGAAAUCCAUAAAGGGAAACCAGAGAGACAUGAAAAACGAACAGCAAAAGUAAUUCACAGAGACAAACCUGAAAAACAAGAAAAAAUUGAAAAGAAGGAACCCAUGAAAGUGACACAUAAAGACAAAACGGAAAGGCAAGAAAAACCUGAAAAAAAGGAGAAGCAUACAGCCAUUCACAAAGAGAAAUCUGAAAAGCCAGAAAAACACGAAAAGAAAGCACCUUCUAAAGUAAUUCAAAAAGACAAACCUGAAAGACAUGAAAAAGCUGAAAAGAAAACUCCUCCCAAAGAGGAGAAGAAAGUAAAGAGCACCAAAGUGGAAGCAAAAGUUAAAAAGGAAGUGAAGGAUGGAAAAGGAGAAGCAAAGAUGCCUGAGAAGGUCAAGCAGACAGAGACUAAAACAACAGAAGUUGGGUUAAUAAAGGCCAAACCGAAAGUUAAGGAGGAGAAAGCACUUCAGACUGUAACUAAAUCGGAAAAGAAAGGUAAACAAAACCAGGAGGAAGCAGAUGAAGAUCUUAAAAAGGUAGUAGGAAAGAAGGAAAGAGGAUGAAGUUAGACCUAACAAGGACCAAAGUCCACCCAUGACAAAGAAAAGAGCAGUACAAAUAAAUUCCAGAUGAAUCUCAGAUUUCUAGAUGGAAACUAUAAGGAAUAAACUAAGUUUAAUCUAAAUAACUGGAAUGUUCUAACUGUAAUGGCUAAAGAUUCAUUUUACAUUAUUCAGUUUGCAUCCUACUUUACCAAGGACCAGUGUCUCUUCAGAUAGGCUGGAGUCUUCAUGGAUUUUCUCAGAAGAAUCUUAUGCAGUGUCUAUUGCAAGUCAAGUUACAUUGGAAAAUGCCAACUGUCCAAAAACCUGUUGGAAAUUAUGUUUUGUUUCUACAUCUGAAUAUGUCCUCAUUUACAAUAAUGAAAGUAGCUGCAAAUGAAAGGGAAUGUAAUCAUUUGUAUUACAUCAGAGCGUGUGAGGCAUUGUCAUGUAGUGUAUGACAUAAUGAUAUGCCUGACUGAUGUAAUUUGAUGUGAUGAGGUUGCAAAUUUCCCCUAAAAAGGAAAGAAAUGCCAUUAACCUGGUGAACCUGGUGAGAGGAAGAAAUUAAGUGAUAAAACAAGGAAUCAACCUGCAUCAACACAAAAUGCAGGUGUUAGCUGUAUGCUCCUCUUUGUCAGAGUCAGCCUGGGAUCUUCCACUCCCAAAUUGCACUGAAUGGUCCCUUGAUUUUCAUGUGGCUAUUCCAUGGAGUUAGGUACAAUUUUGUAUGAAUGAAGGCAGUGAGACCUGCCUUUCUGUAAGAACUGUCAUACUGAAGACACAGGAUUAUUCUGACAUUAAUAGAAUCAGCUCAGCGUUGUGUGGCACACCUAUCUGAUCCUUUCAACUGAUAACCACAGGUAAAUCAUUAUGCCUGAACAUCAAAGCAGUCAUCCCUGCCUGGAUAUCUGAAUCUGCCUGGGCAGAUCCUCUCAGAAUAACAUAGCUAUCUGCUCUGGACCCCUUAGGAGUUGACUAAAUUAUACAUUUCCAGAAAGCUGAAAGGAGUUAGAGAUAGGCUCCUUUCUGACAUGCAUAGUGUGCUGAGCUAGUAUUUUUUAACAUUUAUUUGUGUAUUCUAGUUAAUUUUGGUUUUCACUUGAAAUACUGGAGCCUUUGAGGCAUAAAAUUGAAGCAGCAUCUUUCAUGCUAAUUGUUCUGACCAAGAGGAAAGUUCCACAAACUGUUGAGUUCUUGUUUUUUGUUUGUUGUGACAAGAAUUUCAGUGCACAGUUGGACCCACUCCAUACUGUUCAGGUUAAGGUUCUCAAAAAACAACAAUGUGCAUAUGAGGUACUUACUCCCCGACAACAAAAUGUUUUUAAGUAAGUUGGGGUCAAAGACUACAGAGAGCAAUAGAGAGAGGGUGUUUUGUUCUGUUUUGUUUUGUUUUUCCUUUAAGUGAUAAAUAUUAGCAAAAUGAUCCAUCAAAUAUUAACAGAUCACUUUGUAAAUCUGCUUUAGAGUGUGAUACCAAGGACUGUACACUGAAAUGUAGUAGGUGGAAGAGGGAAUGAGCAGCUGCAGUGCAGGAAGGAAGGAGCUUCUUAAACUGUUCUUUAUCACCAGGGAUACAUGUUCAGUUUACAUGUUCAGUUCAGAUUACACGUUCAGUUAUGUUCAGUGAAAGCUGCCCUUUUUGCUUUUGUCCUUCCUUUUUCCACCACAAGCUGCUGCUGUCCAACUGGAUACUCUCAGAGAAUUCAGUUCUAUAUUUGAGUCCCCCUGUGACCCAAAGAGAUAAUAUUUUUUAAGUUAAUAUAGGCUUGCCAAAAUUUCCUGAUCCUGCAGUCCUUAUUUUUCCUUGUUCAAGGGAGUAGUUCUUCCAGCUUUUCUGCAUUAGUUUAAAAAAUAUAACUGUAAUCACAGAAGUGUUGUUAUGAUGUCCCUACUGUUACAUCAUUCCUUAAGCAAAUUAAAAUUUAAAAAGAUAGCUUCUCUCCCAGGGUAAAUCAGGUGAGGUCGAAUGACAAAGAUCUAUGACUGUUUUUAUCAAUAAAAAUUUUGUCCUGAAUAAUGAGGUGAAUUAUUAAUGCUCAGGUGAAUAUCUGUGCCACUAUUAUAGACUUAUGAAGUGAAAACUAUAGUGUGAAAUUCUCUUUUAAACAAGAGAGUUUAAAUUAAAAUGAAUUUUUAGCCAUGAAGUGAUAUUUGGAAAAUCAUCCCCAUUUAAAAUUCCUUAUAUUUCAGUCUUUGCUGAUUGGCAGAAUUGGACUUUCAUGGAAAGUUACUGUGAACCUCAUUAUUUCAUAUACAGUAGAAAUGCUAUUUUUAUUAUUCAGUUUAAUGUUCUGCUUUUUUUUUUUUUUUUAAUAAAUCCCAGUUUUCAGGGGCUGAGUUACUAAAUAGAUAUUACAAUGAGAAGAUUAAUAUGUAAUCUUUCUUUUUAGGUGCAGUCAAGACUGCAGCUUCUUUUUUUUUAAGUUUAUUCAAAUUACAUUUCCAUGGGAGGAAAAAAAAAAAAAAAAGUCGUCUAUUUUAAUCCUUGUUUAUAUUACUGUGAUUAAAAACCAGAUUAUUUUAAUAUCAAUGAAAUGGUGUGAGCUGCUAGUCCCUCAGGCUAUGUCUGUAUCAUAACUUAAAUAGAUCCAGCAUAGGCUUGUGGUCUGUCCUGUGACUGUCCCCAUGAAGCUUAUGUCCCCAGGCAGUUUUACCCUAUUGCCAUUCAGCAGUUUCUUAUACAAUGCCUGGAACAAUCCAGAGUUUCUUCCCAAUUGGCAGUAUGGAUGAAGACAACAACUUUUAGCAAAAGAGGGGCCAGAAAAAUUCCAGUUUGUGGGCAUGAGCUAUGCCUUGUCAUUUGCUCACUUGGCUAAACAAUUUUAUUUAUUUACACAGACAUAACCUGAUUAUCUGACUCAUUGAGGCUCUGUUUCCAGGUGUGUUGAAGUCAGUGCAAUCACUUUGCUGAAUUUAGAUGGGCUUACUGAGAAUACAGAUUUACACAUACUUGUUUUCUUACAUACACUCUUCAACAUUUUUUUCCCCCCCUUUCAGAAAGGGCAGAUAUUGCAGCCAAAUUCUUUAGAUUCCUUAAGGAUGGAAUCCAAGACUGGUGCCAGACAGAAUGAUAAAUUUGAAUUCCUAAAUACAAAAGUAGAAACCAUUAUGAAUAGUCAUUAAAAGCUUUAAAAACAGUGUUUAUAGUCAUGGCCCUGUGUAUGUUCUGGCAAGUUCACCUGAAGAUCUACAAUGCUGACUAGAAGUCACCUUAAUAACAGGAAACAGCUGCAUAGGCUCCUAUGGGCUAGUAGAAAAAAAAAUGGAUAGUAUAUAAACCCUCCUAAUUUCUACAGCUGCAGAGGAAAUCAUACCAGAAUAACAAUCACAUAAAUGCUUCAGCAUCAAUUAAUACUGAUGCUCUAGUGAACUAUGUAAGAAAACAAAUAAUGCAAUUUUAUAUACUUAAAAAUAUAAUUUUGUAUUUAAACCAACAGUUAUGGUAUUUAUUUUUUUAAAAUUUUAAGUAUUUCAAAGUCUGCAUAACUUUGUUUUGAAGUUGGCAAAUACUUUUUGGUUGGUAAGUGGAUUUGUAAGUGACUAGGAAGGAGAUGCAACUGGAGAUGGAGUGAGAGAUGCAACUUGUGUAGCUUAGGAAGUAUGGGGCAACAGUUUAGGACAUAUGGAUGAAUGUGCUUUAUCCAAGGGCUAUUGUGAACUAGCAUAGCUAACCAGAGCUGACAUUUAGUCACCAACAUUAACUUUCGAAGAUAAUGUCCCUUGGAGUCCACUGGGACAAUGUUCUAUUUUCUGGCAAGUCGGAGAGUACAGCAAUAAUAUUGCAAUUCUUUUGCACUCGGUUACAAUUGGUAAUUUUCUUCACCAUUCUUAAUGUUCACAAUUUUGGUCAAGGUCUUCAACUCUGCCUAUAUAGAGAAGAAAUCAAUAGACAAUCAACAUUUCUGAAAUCAGAGUUUCAUUUAGAUACCAAAGUCUAAAUUUCUGAAUAGCAUAAUUUUAAUAUUUGGAUAUAAUAUAUGCAUUAUGUAUAUAUAUAUAUAUAUUUCUAAAUAAUAGUGUUUGGAAAAUUGUGUGGUGAAAUGAUAAAAUUCUCUGGAAAAAUCUCAUUUCUACGGAAGUGUAAGUAUACAGUUUAUACUCUCAUUCAAUAAAUUUACAUAUUGAUUACACAGUUAAAGCAGUAUUAACAAAAUACUGUGAUUAAAACAUUUAUUGAAUUUUCGUAUUGUCUGACAGAGACUACUUAAAAUGGAUUCUCAAGGAUAUGAAAAAGUCUUUGGGCCAUGCAGCUGUUUGCACAGUGCCUGUGUGGAGAGCAAGGCUGCACAUUGCUGACCUGUUCCACACACUGCAGGCCAGAAGUUGGUAACUGGGGCACUAGUAGCUCUGGAGCUGGGAGACUUGAAUUAGAUCUAGACUAUAAACUGUCUCUUUCUGAGAAUAUGAGUUACUUCAAGGCCAGGGAGAGAAAAUAUCCCCAAAAUAUGUCUUUGCAUUGCCAAGCUUUAUUUUCACUAUUAAAUAGAAACAAACUUUUAUAUUUGCUUUCUUCAUUACUUUUUUUCCUCUUUGCUCUGUUAGAUCAAUAUGCAUUCUGUCGCUAUGUGAUUGACAUGUUUGCGCAAGGGGAUUUUUAUCCAGGUACUUUCCUACAUCAUUGAACUCUGUUCUAAUAUUCUUCUGUUUUCCUGAGAGUUUCUGUUCCUUUAUGCAUUAAAAGUGUGUUUUGUAUUGUUGAAGGUCUCACAAGUGCAACAAAGAGUGUGCAAAUAGGCUUAAUAAAGCAUAAGAGCUAAUGGCUGUCUUAUUAAAGCUUUUAAUUUAGUCUACCAUGCAUGAAUUAAAAUUAAGGUUAUGUUAAAAGUAGAGUCAAAUUAAGGCUAUAUAAAUUGCUAAAAUAUUCCAUGCUUUUUUUUUUUUUUUUUUUUGGCUGUGAUGCAAGAGGAAGGAGCUUAUCAUUAAUAUUUUAUUGUGGUUUUUUUCUUAACAAAUAGUAAACAUUAACCCCAGAAUGCUUCAAGAAUAGAAGAACCAUUGUUGUUCUUAGUGUAUAAAAUAUCUUAGCUGAACCAUCACCUCUGUGUUUUAUCUUCCCUCUUCCCAUAUCUCCAUGUUCAUCUGUUCUAAUACAAACAAUUCUUAACAAGCAAACAAACAAAAAAUGAAGCUAGAGCUACUGAUAAUGACUGAGAAUUGUCUCAUAACAUCACAUCAAUUCAGUUUACCCUGACCUUAUUUAAUUGUCAUUCUUCCUUCUGAAAUCAUAAUGGAAAUCGUCUUCCAGUACAACUGUAUAUAUGAUAGAGAAGACAGAAUCCUAGGAACGAUGAGUAAUGAUAUUUAUGAAGAGUCAAGGAUAGAAUAUUAAGGCACACCCUAAGCAACAAGUUUACAAGCUUCAUUUAGUCAUUAUUUGCUCAAGAAGCUCUCCACUGACACUCACCUGAAUAGGCUGUGUUUUCUUAUCUCUACCUUGUAGCUUUGGUCUUCUCUUGGCGUGUCUAGGCACAGCCAAAGUUAGGAAGCCCUAAGGAUGUAGUUGAGAAGCACAGACUCUCAAAACAGGGAGAGUGAGGACACAGAUUUUUAUGGAGGGAAAAUGGAUAACCUUGGGAUUUUGCAAGGAGAUGGUUUGUUUGGCUUGUUCUCAAAGAAUGAAAUGGAGAGUGGUGAUUGAAUUAAAGGAGAGAAAAAUAUUAUAUCACUUCUAGGAUGAUUUUUAAAGAUAGCCAGUUAUAAAUGGGUGGACUGGUCUUCAUCUAGUCUCAGAGUGAGAGAAGCAGAGAAGCAUUAAAAACAAAAACAAAAAACCUUCCAGAGACCUUCAGUUAUGCUUUGAUUUAAAAAGAAAAAAAAAAAAAAAAAACACCUCCCUGUAGCAGAUGUGAUUCACACAUAUGUAUCAUUAAUAAAUCACAACGUGAAGAGUUUCAUGGAGCUCUUCAAGAUCACCCUCAGAGUUCUCCUGACAUCUGCAAGAAGCUUUGACACGUGUCAGAGCCCUUUCUCCAGACAACUCCCUGGGCUGUUUGGUACUCUCCAAAGGCAGAGCAGACCUGCUGUUGGAAGGGAGUUUUGGAGAAGACGGCUUUUCAUUUUUGACCUCUCCAGCCACAAGGAAACUGUGAAGACCAUGAAGGGGAGCAGGGACUCUGUAGUGAGUGGAAUUUCAGAAGAUGAAAGACACAACCAUCUGCUCUUGCUUUCCGAUGUUUGCCUUGUGUCGCUUCACUGUGCUAUGACAGAGUUUUUCUGAGAAAUCACAGGGUAAACAGCUGAACAAAUAUUCAAUGGACAUUGAGUGUCAGUUAGCCUUGUGGGUAGACAAAUAGAGAGACAAUUCAAGACCCCAGAAAGUGGAAACGACUCACAAAAAUGCUUAAAUCAUCUGAUUUAUAGGUGGAAAGGAAAAGGGUAUCUCCUUAACUUAGGAUCUCCAAAAGUCCAACAGUGCCUAUACUUGUAAAACAACUGCUUUUUGACAUAAAUCAUUUGUCUACAUAUGAAGUUAAAUGCUGUGAAUGGUUUUUGUGACAGAGCAUGAUAUAUAUUUGUAAGAAGUAAAAUAAAACAAUGCCUUCAAAACC